AUGGACUAAGAAGCAUUAAUGCAAAUCCUCCAAACUUUGAUGAAGGAUCAAGGCGAAAUUAAAAUUGGAAAUUUUGUAAUUUAACAACAGGAACCAAAAAGAAAUAACACCACUUUGAUUCCACAUAACAAGGCCGAUGUUCCUCAAUUCAGCAAAAGCUAAUAAGAUAUAGAUUACAUAAUAACUAAACCGAAUGAGUUUGUGAAUGAUCUGUUCUUCGAUGAACCACUGCCAGAUUUGGAUUAAUUCAUCGAACAGGAGGUUGUGUCAAAUUUUACAAUCGAUUCAUAAACAAAGCCCAACAAUGUUUAAAAAUAGUUGUUCUCUAAAACCUAUUAGAUGAUAGACAAAUUUAGUCCAAACCUCAAAGAAGAAUUUGAAAGUGCAUUGGAGUAUGAUUUUGAAUAAUUGCUCAAACCGAAAACGUCCGAAUGUUCCUCUGACACUAUGACUACCAUUACAGAUACUACUUCCAGUGACCCUUUAAGGACCUUCCUUAUGUCUUUGAUUCCAAUAAAAUCUUCCCUCUCUCCCACGAAGUAAACUUAGAUUGAUUUUUUAUUUUUGUACUCCCAACCUCUGUUACAAAUCACCAACAACUCGACCAAGAAAGCUGUGCAGAAAUUGGAAAUAAACAAAGAGUUGAAUUCAAUCAAAGAAGUAUUUAUAGAUGUCAAAGCAGAAAUCAAAUUUAUGGCAACGCCAGCAAGAAUGGAUAGAUUUGGAGAAGCCCUGGAUUUGAAUCCUAAAGCCUUGCAUUAUGCAGGUCAUGGAAUCUACAUGGAAUCAAAUCAACAAUCAUACCUCCUAUUUGAGUAAUUACAUGGAGUAGCCUAAUUAGUUUCAGCAAAUCAAAUUCUGUUAUGCCUCCAAAAACUCAAAUCUCCAAUCCUCUUUGUGUUUGUAGCCAGUUGUCAUUCCAAACUCAUAGGCGAAGUCUUUCAUCAAGCUGGAGCUGAACAUGUGAUCUGUGUCCACUCGAAAGAACAGAUAAUGGAUGAGGCCUGUUGUGUCUUCGCCAGAUCAUUCUAUCAUGGCUUAAUCAAAGGACAAUAGACUGUCUGCUAAGCCUUUCUAACUGCCAAAAAUUAAGUCAAAGUUGAAGGGAGAUUCCCAUAUGCCGAAGAAAACAAAUUCCUUCUGCUUACUAGGACACCUCAUCAAUGCUCGACAUGGUUGUUGCGAGAAGGGGAGUUCAAAGAUCUCACUCCUCAACAGAACUAAAAUAAUCUCCCUUCUCUUGUCUCCAAUUUCACUGGCAGAACUCAAUAGAUGUAAGAAGUUAUGGACAAAAUCAUUUAAAAUUAACUUAUUAACAUCAAAGGGGUGUUGGGAAUAGGCAAAAGUGCCUUGAUAAAGGAAAUCAGUAUCUACAUAGCGUAAAGAAACAUUUUCAAAAAUGGAGUUGUCUACAUAUAACUGAAUUAAUGUGAUAGUUUUGAUAGUGUAACCAGUAGGUUUGCUUAAAUCUUUAUGCCCAAUCUAACAUUGUAAAGUAAUUAUGAAAUCAAAUAAUUGAUGGUCACUCAAAUCAUAUAAACGAUUAAAAAUUAAGAAUUCCUCCUCAUUCUGGAUAAUUGCGAUUUGAUUAUGCAUUCCAAUGAUCGUGAUGUCUUUGUAGACUUUCUUGAAUUGAUCUUGGCGAAUUGUAUAUGCCAUUUAUGUAUCACAAAUAGAAGUGAAAUUCUUCAAUAAGGGAGAGUAAUUAAAAUUGAAGGAUUACCCCAAGAAGAAAGUGCCCAAUUAUUUAUUAAUUCAUCUUCAAGAGAAAUUACCAUUCAAGAAGUUGAAGAAUUAUUAGGUUGCAAUGAUCUUCUGAAUAGAUAUACUUGGAAUGAUAAAUUAUUGAUCUAGAAAUUCUCCAAUCAUGCCCUUUUCCAAAUUCUGGAUGGACAUCCUUAAGGUAUCAUACUAUCAUCUGGCUUACUCGAGAAUUACACUCUAAAAGAAUUAUACCAGCAACUAUCUUACAAAUAGUUGAUGGACUUACCUAUUUCAAGUAGGGUAACUGAAGAGGAAAGGAGAUCUCUCAGAGUGUCAUUGAAUCUAAGUUGGGCCAACUUGGUGGAAAGAUAUGAAAAAGCUGCCAUCUUUUUUGGGAUGCUGGGAUUGCUGCCUUGUGGAAUUUACAAUGAUGAAUUAAAUGAUGUUUGGGGGCCAGGAUGGGAAAAAUUGGCAACUCAAUUGAUUAAGAGUUCCUUAUUGUUGUCAACUAAGAAAAAUACCAAAACGCAUUAUUGCUUAUACAAUUUUACUGUUAAGUUUGCAGAGAGUAAAUUGGAUUCUAAAUAGAAAAGAUUAUAUCAUCAUAAUAUUGUUAAAUUAUUACUAAAAAAGUCACUGACUUAUUAUACUCAAAUAGGUACUUAAGCACAUGACAUUAAUAAUCAACCAAAUGAUGACUUCUUGGCAAUUGAAUAAAAUAUCAAGAGUGCUAUUUUUAGAGAAUUUGAAAUCAUAUCAAAUGGUUAAUUUGAAAUUGAACCCUAAAAACAAGAAAACAAGGAUUAGGAAAAUGAUGAUGAAACAUUCAAUUUGCCUUUGACCAAAGAAAACUUAGAAAUGAUGCAAAAGAAAUAUGAAAACAAUAGUUAAAAAUCUCAUCUAAGUUCCAAAGUAGGAUUCACAGGAUCUGUUAUAUCGAGCUUUAAAUAUGAUCAAAUCUCUGAUGAUUAUAUGACUAAUGGUCCAAAACGAAAAUCUUUUUCUAUCGCUAAGGUUGGAGUCACAAUUAGUGAAGAGGAUGAAUUGUAAUCUAAUAAAGACUAUUCAGAUAAUGGCAUGAGUAUUAAUUAUGUGGAAUCCAAGCUUUUUAAGAUCAACUCCAACAAUGUUAAGCAUGAACUCAUUGAUGAUUCUAGCAAUCCCUAGGAAUGCCAACCCUAAUUAUAAUUUCAAUAGAUAUAAAUUCCUCAAGUCAUUUAGAGUGAUUAAACCCAAGUUCAAAAGGUUGUAGAUCCAAAAUUUAUUAAGUCCUCCCCAAAUCCUAAUCCAUUAACUCAAAGAGUUACUUUUCUUGAUUAGCAAAUUAAACCUAUUGCCCAGGAUAUGAAAAAAUAGAAAUUUGAAGAGGAUGAGAAGCAACAUCAACCUCUAUCUAAGCGAUAAGCAAUUUCUAAGAAGGGAGAUAGAGCAAAAUCUGGUAAAGCCAAAGAAGAACCUACAUCAUCGGCCUAAUAACCAAAUAAAAAGGAUAAAAUAUAAAAACUUAUCUUGUAUUAUUGCUAAAUUUUGUUGCUUCAGAGAAGGUACAAUGAGUGUCUAAAAUUUAUUAACUGGGCUUAUCAAUACUUUUAUGGAGAUUUGUUAUUCACUGCUAAUAUCAUCAAGACAAAGGCAUGUGUGUAUUAUAUGCUUAAGGAACCCAAAAAAUCUUAAUAAGCAUUUAAGUAAGCAAAGGAGAUGUUCAUUAAAAAGGGUUGUACUCUAGGUGUUGCCUGUUGUGAAGCUGCUAGUGGUUACAUUUCAUUAUAAGAACGAAGUUUGUCAUAAGCCAAAGUUAAUUUUGAAAAUGCACUUUAAUUUUAUGAGUAACUAAAUCACGAUUUUGGAAAACACUUUCUAAAUAGAUGGCUGCUCUUAGUUAAAAAUAAAAUUUCAAGUCUCAAAAAUGAUAGAGCCAAACACAUUCAAUAGGAAAAGAUGUUGAUUGAAAAUCUUAAACAAGAAUUCAAAAAGGGAAUCAAAGUUGACAAUCUAAUCUAAAAAAAACACAAGGGAGGAGUCUUCAUUUUAAGAUGGCUAGGUGAUACGUUAUCUAUUUUCAUUGAGAUUGCUACAGUUGAAGAUUCUAAAUAGAAGGAUAUUAUGAGCAUUUUGAGAGUUGUUGAAUAGAAUCCAAUUACAAAUUAUAAGAGAAAUUCAAAAAAGUCAGAUGAAAUCGAUAUCAGACCCACAACUGUGAGUAAUGCUAAACCGACUAGUUCAAGCAGCAGUACUGCAACUCUGAAAAGGUUUAAUAAAGUAUAGAAGCCACCAGUUAAUAGCAAAUAUUUAAUUGAGAUAGCAGAAAACGCAUAACAAGAGGAAGAUCCUACAAAUACAUCCUUAUAACAAUUAUAGAAAUAAUAAUAACAAUAGUAGUAACCAUAAAAACAGUUUAUAAAAAAGAAUGUUCAAUUAUAAAUGAUGCCUUGCCAAAAAAAAACUACCAAAAAUUAAUGA